CAAGCCCCGUUUCAUUCGUCGCCAAUGUUCUUCUUCCGUCGUCUGCCGUCGGCUCCCGAUGAAAUCUACUCGUCCUGCCUGGCCUCGCUCCACGAGGGCCACGCGCUGUGGUACCCAGAGCCCCACGAGUCGGGCGAGCCCCAGAUCGGCGACGUCGGCUUCAUACACAGAGGCGCGUUCAUCCGCCUCUUCAACUUGGACGCCUCUGCGCCCGAGAAGAAGGUUGUCUUCUGGGACCCGCCCUUCGAGAUCACAGAGCCCCUCCCCCCAGGCGUGCUCAAGAUCGAUCGCAGGCGCCGCCCGCUCGUCCCCGCCCACUACCGCAGCCACGGGGUCGAGAGCAGGCAGGUGUACGCCUCGGCAGACAUGUGAGCCCACUGCGCCUGUCCAGUCAC